AUGGCGGAUAUUAUUCUCACAAAAAUUCGACAAAAAGACGAAUAUAAAGAGUUUUAUGAUAUUGCCACUAAAAUUCGCAAUCACAAAUUGCUCACUGAUGCCGAGGUUAGUCACUAUUUUUAUUUGUUUAUUUAUUUUAUUCAUAAAAUGCCACAUUUUAGAAUGAAUCAUUGGUGAAACAUACAAAAGAAGUGGCUGACGCCGAAAUCAAAUUGCUCACCGAAGCAUGGCAAAGCUCAUAUUUUUGGGUGAGUUUUCUCAGACUUUUUCCUGAUUUUUUUUCAAAAAUAUUUUUUAGAUUGUCCUCCGGCAACUGAAAAAUCAAAAUGACCCAUUGGACCCAACGCAAGCUUGUAGGCUAUUGAAAAUUAUCAAAGAGACUGUCCCACAGCCAGCUUAUAAGUGAGUUUUAAUUUUCAAAUUGCCUUCUUUUAAAAUCUAUAUAACGCCUGGUUUCCAGAGUAAUUGGGCGUCAUUUUUCGACCAUCGAUCAAUUGCUUUGUAUAUUAUACAAUGAACCAUCAACAGUUGCCGCAAUUUUGAACAAUAUCGAUCAAAAUGAUGUGAGCCUUUUCUAUUUAUUUAUUCAAUUAUUUUUGGGGAGGCAUGGAUUUUUUAUUGAACAAAAAUCGAAAAUGUUUGGCUUUCUAGAGAGAAACAAGGGUUUGGAGAACAAAAGAAGUUUUGUUGAAAAAUUUUCUAAAAGUAGCUGAAAAUUAUGAAAAUAUAGUUGAAAACUUGUUAAAAAGCCUAAUGAAACGGGAAUCUCAACUUUAUUCAAAAUCUGGGUUUUUUUAGAUGAAAAUCUUGAUUUUUUAAAUCACAACCUUAUAAUGUAAACCUUCCAGGCCACCUUCAAUGAUAUUGCUGUUCAAAUCAUCUUCCAUAUGGUCUACUCGUGCAGUUUGUAUCCAGAAGAUGAAUUGAGAUGUUCCCAGGUAUACCUUCUAAUAUCUGACCUUCCCCAAACACACAAUAUUUACUAUAUUUUCAGAUUAUCUGUGAGCUGCUGAAAGUGCAACUUCUAAAAUCGAACAUGAAUAUGAGGAUGAUGUUAAGGAAGGAAACAUCAAUAUCUACAAGAUUUUAUCGAUUAUUUGUGGAAUCUUCCCAUUCGACGAUGGUUUAUUUGACAAGCGCACUCAGAAAAGGUGUUUUGUCAGUGGUUCAACUUGGAAAUUUCUGGCUGGACAUUGAUGAAAAACAAUCGUCAACUCGGUUUCUACGAGAUAAUCAUCAGGAUAAAACAAGAUUGCCAGAAUAUCGAGCAUUAGUUGUAUCGAAGUUAGUGGAACUUGUUGAUAUUUUCCUGGAAGAGAUUCAUAAAUCAUUGACUAUUUUGCCACCAUCGCUGAAUUGGAUUAUUCGAGAUAUUUUUAGUUCACUUUAUGAAGUUUUGGAUGAUAUUAGUGCUAUUGAGGUAAGGUUUUUGAAAGAAUUAGUAGAGUUUCACAUGAAAUUUACAAAAUGGAAAUUCUUUAUAAAUUAAAAUUUACUGUAUCAUUCAUCACUACUUUUAUUAAAAAUUCUUUAUUUUCAGUUGAGUCAUGCUUGUAAAGAUAUGGUUAUCUCCAAUCUCAUCUGCCCUGCCAUCAUAACCCCACAAAAAUUCGGAAUAAUCGAUAAUGAUGUGAGAAUUGGUGCAAUCGUAAAUCACAAUUUGACACAAGUUGCUAUGAUUGUUCAAAUGAUUUCGCUCCGAGAAUUUGAAAAACCUCCUGUUGAAUAUGAAGAAUUCCUCAAACAAUGCAGAAACACUCACUUGAUUCCGGAAAUGAUGGAUGUUUUGUUGAUGGAAAAUUCGGCGCCAGAAGUUGAGGUGUUUACGACGAUUUCGUCGGGAAAUGCAAAAUCGGAUUUGAUGGCCAAGUCGAAUUUUGUUGGAUCUGUUGGCGAUGUGAAUAUAUUGGUUAGUUUGAAUAAUUCCCGAUGGUUUUAAAUAAUAACUGACUUUUUUUUUACAAAUUUUAAUCUAACUUAUCGGUUUUAAUUAAAUCUGAAAUACCUAGGCUUUUCGAAACCGGAAAUUGACUAGUUUUGUUAAUUUCCGGUGUUCUCCAAAUGCUUUUGAUUAUUCUCAAAAUAGCCUCACGUUUUCAGAUGAAAUUGAUCCGCGAGCCAAUCAAUGAACGAGAUCCCGUCCUUGGAAGAGUUGUCAAAUUAUGCAAACGUCUUCCUGAAUCAUUUUCAUCGAUUCCAAACAACGCUUCAGAAGUUGAAAAUUCCCCACGUCUUUCAACUCUCAAAAAUAUUCAUAAAAGAGGUAAUCAUUUAAAUUUUCAAUAUUUGCUUCAUAUUUAUAUUUUUCAGUGAAUCAAUCAUUGAGUAUGAAGCGACAAGAUUCAUCAAAUGAUGUUAGUCAACCUUCAGAUUCGAUAUAUUUUGAAAAAGAGAAUUUUGAUAUAUUUUUCUUGGAGUAUUUACCGUGAGUUGCCUGAGUGUGAAACUAUUCUUGAAUACAGAAUUUAAAAAAUUUGAAAUUUCAGUGAAAAUUAUGAAGAAUGUCGCAUAGAAUAUCAGGCUCCACCACGAAUUGAAGAAGUUGCAAUCACGCCUGAACCGGAACAAGUAGCUGAAACUGAACCUGAAGUUGAGCCAGAAAUUGCAGUCGAAGUUGAGGCUCAAAGAGAGGAAGAAGAAAGCCAAGAGCAAAAUAUUGUUGAGGAGCAACAACACGUACCAGUAGAUUUAUUAACCUAUGAAAUUCCGAGACUUGAAGUAAAUGAGCCGAAAAGACCUGAAAGCAUCAGUCCAGAUCCAUCAGAUGAUCAAUCAGCUGAAAAUCGAGGAGGAUUUGCAAAACUCAAGAGUCUGGGUGAUCGCAUGAAGCGUGGAAUCACACAAUCAAACACACUUUCUGAUAUUCGUGGACAUCUUCGAAGAAGCACAUCUGUAAUAAAAUCUGAAAUUCCAACAAGUAGCAGUGAUAAUGCGCUAACAAAAGUGUCACCAGAACCACCAGCAAAAGGGCCAAGAGAUGAUAUUUUGGCGAAAUAUGCUGGGAAAUCGACACCGAAAAAGAUGGAGUCACUAAUUGGAAAUUUGAUCGAUUUUAUUUCGCCUAAUAAUCAAGAGGUCGACGAGCCGUAUUAUUCACCCGAUAAUUUGACAUCGUGCAGGUGAGGGUAAAAGAAAAAAAGAAUAGGUCAAUUUCUAAAAACAAACUCAGGCAUUUGAACUUUUUUUAAAUUAAUUUUGUUUUCAUCAAAAAACUAAAAAUAUUUGUUUGAAAAUAGUCCGAAAACCGUUGAAAAAUUUCAGAGCGUUUCAAGAUACUCUUCGAAAAUUGGCAACAGUUCUUGGUGAUGUUUCUUAUCAUCUUCAUAUGAAUUACCGUAUCAAGUAAGUCGCCAGCUUCUCUCUCAACAAUCAUCCAACCACUUUUUUGAUUUUCUAGAUCUGAAGAAUCAGGAAAUAGACAAAAACUGCUCCUUGACAAAUUCCUUGGUGCAAUUUUAGUGGAAGCCGAGCAUCGAAGAGAAAAUGGCCUCGCUGCACAAAUUCGUGAGGUGAAAAGAUGUAUCGAAUUAUUUGAUAAUAAUGGUGUUAUCACACUUCUGGAUUUUUUGAAACAAGAAGAAAUGCAUCGAGAAAAUGCGAUUGUCAAACUUCGAGAAGAUCGAAUUGUAUUGAUGAGAAAGAAUAAUGAUAUAGCAUCGUUAGAACAAAGAAUUAGUUUGAAUAGAAAAUUGACGGAACAAAAUUUAGUGGAUAGUUUAAUGCGAACUUUUAUUGAAAGUGGAUUCUUGCCAAAUCGCCAGCCAAAUACAAGAACACCUGAAGUUGCGGCUGUUUUGAAGUUUUAUGAUGAGUUCAAGUAUUUGUUGGCGCAAGAUGAACGAGCCGAAUUUUUGAGAAAUCUUUUGAAGUUUUUGAAAGAUCGAUUGAUGCAGAAUUCUGACUGGAAUGUGAGUAAAAAAGUUCGAAAUAAAAAUUAGAUAAAAAACCAUAAUUUUGAUUGUUCGAACUUGUUUAUCUCAAAACCACAUAAAUUGUUUUCAGUACGCGACAGAAGCUAUGAUUACCCGAGCCAUGACAACAAUUGAACGAUUUGUGAUGUUUGCAGUGUAUGAAACUGCAUUUUAUCCAAAUCUCGGAGCUGAUCAACAUCGAGACAAGUAAGCAUAUUUUUUUCUGAAACUAUACGACUACAAUUUUAUAUUUUUAAGAAAACCUUUUUAUUCUAGAGUUCUUCGUGCAAGUAUUGCCAAAGUGUCUCAAGUAGUUACCGCGGAUCACGAUUCGUUGAAAAUUCCCAAGGUAACUUUUUGCUCUUGAAAAAACGUAAAAGAACAUUUAUUAUUUUUGAAAACGUUUUUUUGUCAAUCGGAUUAGCAGAAAAAACAAACGGAUAUUUUUUCAGCUUUUUAAUAGUAUAUAUAUCCAGAUUUGUAUUAUUUCUUCUGAAAAAAAAUUAUUUUUAGCGACUUCACGGAGAAGCACCUUGGCCAUCAGCACAAGCUGAAUUAUCAAUGUUGGAUGUUUAUGUGACUGCUCAAGACAAACUGAAAUGCGUCGUUAGAUGUUGUGACGUCAUCAAUAAUUUGAUUGCAUUAUCUUCAAAAGGAGCUGUUGCAUCGGCUGAUGAUUUGACGCCUGUAUUAGUUUUUGUAAUUAUCAAGGUGGGUGAGGAUAGGAUUAUUGUAGAUGAGAAAUUUUGAAGGGAAUGUUGGGGUGAAACUUUCAUAGUUUUAUAGAAAUUUCACAUGCACAUUUCAAUUAUUUUUCUUAUAACAACUUGUUUUUGAGCAUAUCUAUCAGUCUUUGAAAUUACUCUCUGAUGUCACCUAUCAGAGUUUGCUUGAAAUCUGAAAAAUCCCAUUCUCAUAUUUUCCAGGCCAACCCACGAUCUCUAUUAUCAAAUGUGCAAUUUGUUGAAACAUUUGCUGGUGACAAAAUUGAAACUGGUCGCGACGCGUAUUAUUGGACAAAUUUCAAAUCAGCCGUUGAGUUUAUCAAAACAAUUUUGUAG